AUGGAUAGGAUAUUCGGGUAUGGGAACAGAAAGACCCACGAACAGAUGCUUCAGGAGUCUGGCAAGGCGAUGGAUCAGGCCCAGCAGGGUCUGCAGGAACGAGUGUCUCAGCUAGACACGCAAAUUUCACAGCUUAACUUUCAAUUGCAAGCGUUGCAGAAGAAGAUAGCCUCUUCUAGGUCCGCUGCUGGCCAGAGACCGUUGAGGCAACAAGCGUUGAAACUUUUAACUAAGAGGAAGAAGCUUGAGCAGAUGCGGGACUCGCUGGACAGUCAGUCUUGGUCGAUGACACAGGCGCAGAUGACUAGUGAUAAUCUGAGAAAUACUAUGGUGACGGUAAAUGCUCUGAAACAAACCAAUAAAGCUCUCAAGGCGCAGUAUGGGAAGAUUAACUUGGACAGAUUGCAAGAUAUGCAAGACGAGAUGGCGGAUCUGAUCGAGCAGGGCGACGAGUUGCAGCAGAUCUUGGCUAUGAACUCUGUGAAUGGCGAUAUCGAAGAUAUUGAUGAGAGCGAGCUGGAUGCCGAACUGGAUGCGUUGGCGGAGGAGCAGCUGAUGGGACCCGGCAUGGAGGAAGCUGGACUGGACGUGCCUUCUUAUCUGACAGACACGGUACCUCAGUUCAUCGAUGAGGGGCCGCAAACGGAAUCUGCGGAUAAGGCGCUGGAAAGCGCCCAAUAA